CCCUCCUUCAAGGCAACCAAUCCACCAUAUCAUAAACAUGGCCCCACAACUCGCAUGGAUCGGCCUCGGCAACAUGGGCAGGGUAAGUGCUGCCGGCAGGCAAUCUUAUCAGAUGAAAGUUUUACAAUCGUGGAAAUUGCUGUCCUAAUACUGUUUGUCAAUGGGACGGGACCAUGGAGGCUACGCGAUGCAUGAGGCAUGCUGAUCACGAGACCCAAUUCUGGCUUCGUCAACAUGUCCACCUUCACAAGAUCAACAACAACACCAUGACCAUGACUCGCUAACCGCCACGUCCCCCAGGGCAUGUGCACCAACCUCGUAUCCAAAGGAAACCUCGACAAACCCUUGAUCCUGUACAACCGCACGAAGAAGCGCUCAGAUGAUCUGGCAAAGAAGCUUGGGACAGACAAGACCAAGGUCGUCGAGAAUGUCAAUGACGCUGUAAAGGAGAGCGACAUCCUUCUCAUGUGCCUAGGAGAUGAUGCAGCCGUCAACUCGACCGUUGAUGAGAUCCUGAAGGGAGACGUCAAAGGAAAGACCAUCGUAGACUGCAGCACCGUGCACCCGGACACGACGAAUGCUCUGGAGAAGCGCAUCACAGAGAAGGGUGCUGAGUUCGUCGCUAUGCCUGUCUUCGGCGCCCCCGCCAUGGCCGAUGCAGGAUCUCUUGUCUGCGUAGUCGCGGGCUCACAAACCGCCACAAAAAAGGUGACGCCCUACACCGACGGCGUGAUGGGCCGGGCAACCAUCGACUUCUCCAACCAGCCGGCUGGGAACGCGACGUUGUUGAAAGUGAUCGGCAACACAUUCAUCCUCAACAUGGUGAACCAGUUAUCCGAAGGCCAUGUACUGGCUGAGAAGAGCGGGUUGGGCGUGGAUAAUAUGCACCAUUUUAUCUCGGCGAUGUUUCCAGGACCGUACACAGCAUACUCCCAGCGUAUGCUCCAGGGCGACUACUACAAGCGUGCCGAGCCCCUCUUUCACAUCGAUCUCGCGCGAAAAGACGCACGGCACGCAAAAGCACUCGCAGACGCGAGUGGGAGCAGUGUGAAAGGACUCGACGUAGCGCGAGCACGAUUGGACGAUGUGAAAGAGCAUCUGGGAGACAAGGGGGAUAUCCCGAGUGUGUAUGGCGCAGUGCGGAAGGAAAGUGGCCUGGAAUUUGAGAACGGGAAAUAAUGUACGGAGAGGCUCGUUUGUAACGGUGCACCGACACCUAGCAAAAACCUCAAGCAGACCAGUUCCUGCACGUUUCGUGCCCACGCUGCCGCAUCGUCCCUAUGACCUUCCCCCUGGUUGCGUCUCUCUCACACCCUCCGGAACCAUGCUGAAGUACCUCUGGAGGUUGCUAUGUAAUUUCUACCAACUGCUUCUGGUGAUAUUCGGCGCGAUGGAAAGAUUCUUGAAUACCUCCGCGAGGUUAUGGCGCCAGCUGUGUUUCUUCGCAAGGCGAACACGAUUCAUGCCCUCAAUUUCGUCCGUGAUCUCAUCACCAACGCCCUGGUUGAGACCUUUACGACGGUUUGCUUUGAACCUGAUACAGUUGUCAGUUGACUAUCCUUUGGGAUGGUCCCAUUCAUGGGCCAGACCUAAAGGUCAGUCCCCUUCUGGGACUAGGAGAACCCUUAAACGCACGAUACUUAAUAGAGUAAAGGUAAAAGAAAAUAGAU